UUUUUAACAAAGAUGUGUGGAAUUAGACUUUAACUUGGGCUAGUCUAGUUGGCAUUUUUUCCUGAUUUUAAAAAGACACAUUAUAAACCAAGUAAUGCUGCUAGCUAGUAUUGGACUUGAACAUAUUGCAAAUAAAGCCAAGUAGCAAACAUCCAUUCAGGAUGUGUGCUUGUUGUAUGCAAAAUUUGGAACUGGGCACCUUCCCCUCUUCCUUGGGAUUUGGGGUCCGGCUUCCCCUCCCAUCUGAUAUUUUUGUUUAAAUAUUUGUUUACUUCAUGUUACUCCAUGGGCUUCCCAGCCAAACUGUACUCUGUCUAUUGAGCAAAGAGCAAGGGAGAAAAGGAGAGGGAAGUAGGGAGAGAGUAGAGCAGAACGUUCACCCAGGGGUCAGGAAAGGAACCAGUUUGAGUUUAACAUAGAGACCACCUGUGGGCUUUAGUGGGAACACUGAGAAAGAAAAGAAAUGGGAACUUGCAGGAAAAGGAGACCUCCAAUAGAGGAGAAAGAGGCAGUUUUCUUGAGAAAGAAGAUCACUCUCACCCGGGCCAUUGCAUUGGCUAUAGGCACUAUGGUGGGCAGUGGUAUCUUCAUUUCGCCCAAAGGCGUGUUGAAAAACUCAGGCAAUGUAGGGAUCUCAUUGCUCGUGUGGCUGGCUUGUGGGAUCCUGUCUCUGUUUGGUGCUCUGUCCUAUGCAGACCUGGGCACAAGCAUCACAAAGUCUGGGGGGCAUUACAUUUAUCUUCUGGAGACUCUUGGGCCCUUACCAGCCUUCCUAAGAUUAUGGGCUGAAUUCAUUAUGAUCCGGCCAGCAAAUAUGGCUGUGGUGUCCCUGGCAUUUGGUCGAUAUAUAAUUGAGCCUUUCUUUGCCCCAUGCCACGUUCCUCCCCUGGCUGUAAAACUAAUAACAGCAACUGGAAUCACCCUAGCAGUAGCUCUGAACUGCUGGAGCGUUAGCUGGUCAGCAAACAUACAAACAGGACUGACGGCCCUGAAGAUGGUCACUAUUGGCUUGAUUAUUGUUCCUGGAAUGAUGGCUCUUGGAAAUGGUCAAUAUGAAAAUUUCCAGAACAGCUUUGACACAACUUCACUGGCAAUUGAAAAGCUGCCUCUUGCUUUUUAUUCUGGGAUGUUUGCCUAUGGUGGAUGGUUCUAUAUAAACUUUGUAACUGAAGAAAUCACAAAUCCUAAACGAAACAUCCCAUUGGCUGUCACAGUGUCCUUGACUGUUGUCACAGUGGGUUAUGUCCUUACUAACAUAUCUUACUAUGCAGUCCUGACACCGGAAGAAAUUCUCAACUCUGAUGCAGUAGCUGUGAGCUUUGCUGAUAAAAAUUUCAAGAGCAUUUCCUCUGUGCUUCCAAUCCUUGUAGCGCUAUCAUGCUUUGGAGCUUUGAAUGGAGGGAUUUUUGCUGCUUCAAGGAUGUUGUUUGCAGCUGCACGAGAAGGACAGUGGCCAGCUCUCUUUUCAAUGAUACACCUUCAAAGGCACACUCCUCUCCCAGCCCUGAUAUUAAUGUUGCCAUUGGUUUAUUUGAUGGUGUCCAUUGGUGACCUCUAUGGGUUGUUGAAUUUCUACAGCUUCUCACGCUGGUUCUUCAUAGGUCUUGCUACACUAGGCCUCAUGAUACAUCGCUACCGGCAUCCAGAGGUGCCCAGACCCUUUAAGGUGCCUCUGAUUAUACCACUGGUAUUUACCACAGCCUGUUUUUUCAUUGUGGGGACAUCACUGUAUUCAGAUCCUGUGAACACCAGUAUAGGCUGUGCUGUUACUCUGUCUGGCUUGCCUGUCUAUUAUCUGGUGGUUCAGAAAACAAGAAUACCAAGGUGCUGCACAUCCAAGUUCAAUUCUAUGACAGUGAAACUGCAGAUCCUGAUGAAGGUGGCUAACCAGGAGGUCCAGACUUACUGAAGGAGUUGUGCCAUCAAGCAAGGAAAACAGUACCAUAUACAGACUUUCAAGGAGCCUUCACAUGAUUUUCUCAGGGAGCUCCUCACAAUGCAACAGUGAGGAACACACUUCCAAUCCCCUUUUGAUGAAGCAGAGAGAGAGCUUUGAUAAGCCAUUCUUCCCCUGCCUAGCAUUUUAUCUUUUUUUUUUAAAGGAGCACAUGUGAUGAGUGGUAUCUUCUGUACAACAGUUUCAACAAAGACAUUAUAGUUUUGCUUAUUUUGCUAGUUUCUGAAGCUUAGUUAAAAAAGCAGAUUAAUGGGCCAGACUACUGUCAAACCCAAUGUAUACUGAAUAUUGCAAUAUUUUAAAACCUGCUGGCCAGGAGAUAUCUUGUUCACUUCUGUCUGAAUGGGAAGUGAAAAAAAUAGGUGGAAAUAGAAAACUAAGCAUUAACUCAAUGUACUACAAAUGAACUGAAUGUUGCCUAAAUACAGGCCAUUUGAUGAUUCUGGGUAGUCCUAUGCACUCUAUGAUGUCCAGUACUAUGAAAGAUGGAAAAACAAAACUAGCUCAAUAUGACUGGACACAAUAUUCAAAUUACAGUGGGCCCUUGCUAUCCACUGGAGUUUGGUUCGAGGUCUACCACCUGUAGCUACCAAAAUCUGCGGAUGCUCAAGUCCCAUUAUAUACAAUGGCAUUGUAAAGUGGUGUCAAUAAAAUGGCAAAAUCAA